UAAUGUCAUAUCUUAGGAUUCCAUUGAUAGCUUGAUACUCUAUGCUCUUAGAUUUAGGGAGAGAAUUCAAAAGGUAAAUGAAAAGAAAAUGAAGAAGAAGCUUAGUUGUUUUCUCUUUUUGGUUCAUUUUGGAAGAGGAGAAAACUGGAAUGUAGUGGUUAUAAUUAGUUUCACAAUAGGAUCCGUGGAAUUUGUUGCAGGAUAUAUGCAUUUUGUCUUAAAUUGUUCUGCUACCUUCAUGUUUUUCUGCAGAUACGUUACUUAUUCGAAAGAGGAGGAGGCCAUUCGGUGUAUUCAAUCAAUUCAUGGUUUUGUUUUGGAAGGUAGGUUUUUAAGAGCAUCUUUUGGAACUGCUAAGUAUUGCCAUGCAUGGUUGAGAAACUUGCCUUGUACCAAUGCUGCUUGUUUAUACUUAGAUAGCAUUGGUGCUGAAGAAGAUAGUUUCAGUAAAGAUGAAGAAGCUGCAGUUCAUACAAGAAAUAGAGUUCACCAAAUAGUGGGUGCCACACAUAAUAUGCAACGGCGCUCGGGGAAUAUGUUGCCUCCCCCACUUGAUGAUCCCUUAAAUGGCAAUGGAGUUGCUACUGACAAUGCAAUACUCGGAAGUGCCCUAAAAGGAAGAUUUUAUCCCAUGCAAGCUCUGCAAUGGUCAAAUCUUUUCCAUGCCACCUCUAUUAUUCUGAGUAAGAUGAUUGAAACUGACACUGCCCAUGUGGCACUAAUUUCCAACGGCCACUUGAAUUGUUCGCUUUCAUCUAAAGAUAGGGAUGGACGCAUUAAGACACCUAACAAAACUUUUGUGGAUAUUGUCGGAGGCUCUAGUUGUGUUCCAGAAAGAGAUGGUAGGGCUGCUGAAGAUAUUAAGAUACUGAACUUGUGCUCUGACUUCUCUUCAGUAGCCAUCAAAGAAGCCAAUCAUCUGGGGACUGGAUACUCUGAUUCUAUGUUUAAGAAGGCUUCAUCUUCGUCUCACCUGCCCAUUGAGUUACUCGGAGAUAAAGAUUCUCAGGAAUAUUUCGUCAAACCAUUUAGAGAAUCUUCAAAAUUUUCAGUGUUUGAGAGACCUUAUUUUCCACCGAGUGAUGCAUGCAUAGGAAAUGGACAUUCUUUUUUAAUGUCUGAUUCAGAAAGACAAAGAUCAAAGGGUUCUGACAGCUUAAGUCAGGGGUCUUCUGUUCUUUCUUCGUCUUAUCCUAUUAGGAUUCCUGACCAUUCUAAUGAUCAUGCUCAGCAGUGUAAAGAAACUCAUACUUUUAGCGAUUGCAAUAUGGAGCGGAGCACUGUACAUAAUCAUGUUGAUGAUGCUUCUAUACCAUUUACUUAUGCAAAUUCUGCAUUGAUUGAUGGAUACAAUGAGAGGAACUUCCAAAGUUCUACUGAACUUGAUAGAAAUUUGGGACCUUCUAAUUCAUUUUCCAAUGAGGAAAUAGUGGAACACUUGAGAAGGCUUGACGGUAAUGACAUUGCCAAUGACAGUGACACCUCUGCAUUGGAUGUGGUUGAAAGCAGUAUAAUCUCAAAUAUCUUGUCAAUGGACUUUGACUCCUGUGAUGAUUCCUUGACCUCGUCUCACAGCUUAGCUGAAUUGUUGGACGGAACUAGCGGGCGGCGUGGGUCUUGGAAUUUUCGUAAUAGUGAAGAAUCAAGGUUCUCAUUCGCCAAAAAAGGGAAUUCUGUGAAUCAAGAACCUGAUUUGGACUCAUCAUUCAGUAGCAUUGGUCAGGUGUCAAAGAAAUAUUCCUCCCUACCAGAUUCCAUGGAAAAGGAGGAACACUACUUAUGGGGACCUCAGAAUCAUGUGUCCAUGGCUCAAAGUUUGAUUCCACCAGGAUUUUCAUUUCCAUCCAGAGAACCACCUCCUGGUUUUCCUCCACGUGAGAGAACACACCAAGCUCUGAGUGUCACCUCUGGGAAUCAUUUGGUCAAGACCUCUUCCUUGCCAAACAGUCAGUACCUUGUGGGGUCCAUGACAAAUAUUACCAACAAUUGUGAUUUCGAUUUUGUCGAUCCUGCUAUAAUGGUUGUUGGGAGGGGUAAAUCAACAAACAUAAUGAAUAGCAACUCAAGCUUUGAAGCAAGACCCAGACCUACUCCACAGACCUACGAAGACGAGGCAAGACUUUGGCUACUGAUGCAACAAUCUGCAUCCGCUAUACAUCAGGACCCUACAUUUCCUUCAACCUUUGUGCAAGAGGCUCAUCAGGGCCUCAUAUGCCCGGGUCGAAUUGGAAACGGCUUUUCUCCCAUGGGCGAUACUUUUGGGCUUACUUCAAUGCUUAUUGGAUCUCACCAUUCCUAUAAUCCCUCUCCUGUUCCACAGUUGUGUCAGCAGAAAUACAGUAACGGACACAUGUCAAAUAGUUAUGGUGGGGUAGGAUUGAAUGAGGCCAGACUAAGAAACGAAAUGGGCACGGCAGAGAUUCAGAGAAAUGAGAGAUUAGGAUUGAACAAGUUUUUCCCAGGGUACAGCGGGGAUUUAAUGUUGCAGAUGCCCAGCACGGGUGAUGUAUACAAUCGGGUGUAUGGGUUGUGAAAAAAUGCUUAUUUCUUCGUUUGAAAGUGAAUGUAAUGGCAGUGUAGUAAUGUUUCUGGUUGUCAAGAUUACCCCUUUGGUGUAACUAACUGUUUGUGCAAGGCAAUCAAAGUGGGUUAAUAUGAUCGCAUAUUAUCGUCA